AUGUCGGCAGAGGGCAAGAAGCUGGAUACAGCUGGCAAAGAUGCCACGCCCAGCAACCCUCGAGGUAUCCCCAAGGCGCCGUUCGUCGACAAGGUUGAGGACUACGUCACCACCCGCGAAGAUGUCGAACCGACGAUGCGCAACUUCCAGGAGAUGAUUUCGAAAUACCAGUUCAUGGAGCUGAACCUUCAGAAGAGAAUGGCCGGACUGAAAGACAAAAUCCCCGAUAUCCAGAAGACCCUAGACUCCGUGCGAUUCUUGAAGCUCAGACAGAACGAUGAUGAACCAAUCGAAACGACCUUCGAGCUCAACGACACGCUAUACUCCAAGGCGAAGAUCCCGCCCACCGAGGAAGUGUACAUUUGGCUAGGCGCCAACGUGAUGCUGUCGUACCCUAUCGACGAAGCCGAAACGCUUCUCGAUUCCAAGCUAUCGACAGCGAAAACGAGCUUAUCAAACUGCGAAGAAGACCUAGACUUCCUGAGAGAGCAGAUCACGACCAUGGAGGUUGCCAUUGCGAGAGUUUACAACUGGGAGGUCGUCCAGAAGCGCAAAGACAAGGAAGAAGGAAAGGGCAUCAAGAAGGAAGGGGACGAAAGCGAGGCGAACGGCUGA